UGACGACGUAAUCAAGGAGGCGUGCGUGACAUUUGCAGUAAGAAGCUAGUUUUUUAAGACCUGCUAAUUCUAGAGAGGUAGAAAAACAAAACAAAAACAGAUUUAUAAUUUAUUGUGUGGCAGUGAGUUAACAUACGUUUGAGUUUUUCAAAUGUUCAUUGUCCUGCACCUUAAAAGGGACAGCUUAUGUCACCGCGGUGUCAGUUCAAACUUCUCCGCUGGAGCACGUUGAGUACAGUGAGCUAACGCGGUCCUGUAAGUUGUUCAGUAGAUGUGCGGAGUUCAGGUUGAGGUCGUUAUCUGGUUUGCUGCUGUGAGAUGACAGUUCCAACCGCUACAAAGAGCUCACUUUUGACUUUAAACCCUCACAGUAUGACUGAACGUUAGCGUCGGAGCAGACUUGGACUAAAUGCUUUUCCUACACAAGGUUAAAAUUAGCUUUAGCCAGCUAGCCCUUUAGUUCCCCUUUCUCUUAUGCUGACUUGUUGGGACAGGUGUGUAGAAAGUAGGCCGGGUGUGGCUUCGAGGAGAAAGUGUGCAGCCUAGAGUCCAGCACUGAAGACUGUGAAGGAUUGUCGGGAAUUGAAGUGGAGCCAGAGUCGGAAUCAUGCUGCUCUCCUUGGUUGUGCACACAUACUCGCUGCGGUACUGGUUUCCAGCCACCAUCAUGCUGGGAACAGCCCCGGCGUAUCUGCUGUCCUGGGGGGUUUGGCGUCUACUUUCUUCUGUCAUUCCGGCGAGGAUGUACCACAGGCUGGACGACCGACUGUACUCGGUCUACCAGAGCAUGGUUCUCUACUUCUUUGAGAACUACACGGGGGUGGAGAUAGUUAUAUAUGGAGAUAUACCAAAGAACAAAGAGAAUGUGAUCUACCUGUCAAACCACCAGUGUACAGUGGACUGGAUUAUUGCUGACAUGCUGGCCAUCAGACAGAGUGCUAUUGGACACGUCAGAUAUGUCCUUAAAGAUGGACUGAAGUGGCUUCCUCUUUAUGGCUGGUAUUUCUCUCAGCAUGGAGGAAUCUAUGUGAGACGAAGUGCAAAAUUUAAUGAGAGGACAAUGAAGAGGAAGCUCCUCUCUCAGACUCAGUCUGGUGCGCAAAUGUACCUUGUCAUUUUCCCAGAAGGGACCCGUUAUAAUCCAGACCUGAAGAAUGUUAUUGCUGACAGUCAGGCUUUUGCUUCAAAAGAAGGACUAGCUGUGCUGAAGCACACCCUUACACCCAGGAUGAAGGCAUCUCAUAUAGCCAUUGAGACGAUGAAGGACCAUCUAGACGCUGUGUAUGACGUCACAGUGGCCUACGAGGGCACGCUGAAUGCCUCAGGUCACAGAAGUCCUGCACCAUCGAUGCCAGAAUUCCUGUGUAAAGAAUGUCCCCGAGUCCACAUACACUUCGACCGUGUGGACAUAAAGGAAAUUCCUUCAGAGCCAGUGUUUUUCCGCAGGUGGCUGCACGAGCGGUUUGAAAUCAAGGACCGGCUCCUGACAGAGUUCUACGAGUCAAAAGAUUCCAAUUCAAAAGAUGCUAACAAAAUCUGCAAGUUCCCCGGAAAAGGUACACCAUCACCGCUCAACCUCUCAAAAACACUGCCCUCAGCCAUGAUUUUAGGAGGACUGACGCUGCCAUUACUGCUGACAGAGAACGGCAGGAAACUGUAUGUGAGAACCUGGGUUUAUGGGACGCUGCUGGGCUGGCUGUGGGUCAAUGUGUUUCCUUAACAUAUGGAGGGACUGGGGCUGCAGCAAGCAGACAUGCAAAAGUCAGGGAGAGACUUGUGCCAUUUUUAUUCUAGAAACAAACCCACACAUGGUGUGCUCCAGAUGCACAGCUGCAUCUGGGAAGAGGCUUAGAAAUGUAUCCCACACCUGUGGCUUAAUACUGACCUCCGACUGGAAGCUGAAAGAAAAAUCAGACAAAUGUAGGAAAUAAAUUGAGUUAAAUGUGUGCUAGAUUUUCCAUGGCAUUUUAAAACACAGGUGGCUUUGUUGAGAAGUUUAAAGUUAUUCAGCCCCUCACCCCGGUCUUUGGGCUCUGAUAUAAAGUAUAAAAUGUUAUAUUUCCUCUCCAUAAGAUUUAGCUAAAUUAGUAUUCUUGCAUGCUUACUAAAGCUCUUACAUGACCUUUAUUUUGACAUCAGAGUGUUCUGGGAACUCGUGAAAUGAUCAGUCAGCUGCUGUGAGUGGCUGACAGUGCACACCGGUCAAUUGAACCCGGCUCAUUACUCCUGUAGUGCACUGACUUACUGACAUUGGUGGUAAUGUCUGUUUUUAUGCCAAGUCCUACAUCAGGAAUUUUAUGCACUUUGCUUAUUUUAAGUGAUGUUUUAUAAUAUUAGUAGAACAAAAUAAUACCUAUUUGGACUCUUUAACCUGCGGACUAUAACGUUAAGGACGUUAUUGAGAAAUUAAGUUCUGCACGGAAAUGUUUCUGGCCAACUAUUACCACAUUGUAAAAUUAUUUAUUGUUUUGCUGUUCCCAGGCAAGCGCAAUAGUCUUUCACAGUAAAUGAAAAGAAAACAAGUAUGGAAAAUAAGCCCAUUUAUGAUUUAAGAGAAUUAAAGUUUAUCUUUUUUGAGGGGUGGGUGGGGGGGGGGUUGUCAUCAGUGGUUUAAAAAGUGGCAUUUUCAAGGUUUCAAUAUGGGUGAGGUGAAAAUUAUGUUAUAUUGGGAAAUCUUUUGUCACAUAAAUUAGUUUGUACUUGAGUUUGAUUUAAAAUAAAAGUGACAUGCCAAGACAUUUUCUGAAGCAGAUGAGAGUAGCAAGUAUAAAUGUUCUACCAAUGUAAAGCAUCACUUAAGUGUUGCCAAAAUAUGGUGUAUUUCUUUUCUUUUUGCCUAAUUCCGUUGUUAAUAAAUGUUCAAAGUUAUUGUUUAUUCUGUAACUUUUAUAUGCAUUUGUUCUUUUAAAUACAGCGUUACAGCUCACAUAAAUGUAUCUACCUAGCAAAAAGCUGACAAAGCCAUGUUGACAGUAUAACACAGGUUCCUGUGCACUCAAAGCCAUUUGUAUUAUAAUCAUCACUGUAUUAUAAAAUGCACUGUGUCUAUUGUUGUUGUUUACCAUCCGAAAACCAUUUCCACCUUCCACCAGUCACUUUAAAUACUUGCUAUAAUGUCAUCUUCCUCUAGAAUAAGUCUGUAGUAUGUUUUUCCUCAUAUGGAUGGUGCAGUACUUCUCAUGGGUUUUACAUGUUUGCUCCAAUACCUCACUUGAAUAAUCUUUCCUUUUUCUUAAGAAGACCCUUGUCAGCUGUUUUAUAGUUAUUUUUAACCUGACAAGAUCUGAAUACAAGUCAUCAGGAAACUCUAGACAGUAUUUCAAUGCCAACAGUUUUUUGGAAAUGUGUGCCUUGGCUUUGGAGGCGUAGGUCCUCAGCCCGCCCACAGUGGCUCUUCACCAAGCAGGUGACUCCAUGGAGGCUCUCUGCUGCGCUCUGCAGCCUGUGGUCACAUUGUCUACAGUUCACAGUGACUUAUUUUGCUCUAAGAAUGCAUUUACACUUUUCGAAGACUAUUGUAUAACAAUAAAACCUUUAAUGUGUGUAAGUUCUAAAAAAGAAAAAAAUGGGGUCAGAGUGAAAUAAAAUAAUUUUGUUUGGGAA